GCGGUGCCGGCAGCUGCCGCUCCCCGCCCGCCCCGGCCAUGCAGGUCCCGGCGGCCGCGGAGCGCAACAAGGGCCCGAUCCUGGCUGUGCUGCGGGAGUACGCGGGGCCGGGCGCGGCGCCGGGCGCGCUGCGGGUGCUGGAGGUGGGCGCGGGCGCGGGGCUCCACGCCGCGCAUUUCGCGCGGGCGCUGCCGCAGACGCGCUGGCAGCCCUCGGACAUCGACCCCCGGGCUCUGCGCAGCAUCUCUGCCUACGUGGAGGCCACGGGGGUGCCCAACCUGCUGCCCCCCAUCCUGCUGGACGUGUCCCAGGGCUGGGAAACCUGGGGAGGCACCCAGCCCUCCACCCUGGACCUCCUCGUCAGCAUCAACAUGAUGCACAUCGCAGAGCUGCGCUGCACCGAGGGCCUGUUCAGGGGUGCCGGGGUGCUGCUGAAGCCCGGAGGUGUGCUCUUCACCUACGGGCCCUAUGCCGUGGACGGCCAGAUCAGCCCCCAGAGCAACGUGGACUUUGACCGCAGCCUGAGGCAGAGCAAUCCGGCCUGGGGGCUUCGGGACACGGCGCUGCUGCGGGAGCUGGCCGAGGCCAACGGGCUGUGCCUGGAGAGGAUGGUGGACAUGCCUGCCAACAACAAGAGCCUGAUCUUCCGCAAGCUGUAACCGGCCCUGACGGCACUUCCAGCGCCUCCCGGCACUGCUGUCCCCACGACGCCUCCUGCAGGGUGUCACUGUCCCACCGUGGCUGCCACUGCGGCUGGGGACAGCAGUGAUGGGACAGAGCUCCACUCACCCAGCUGGGGCUGACUUGGCUGGGCAGGGUCCAUCUCCCCUGGUGCCUUUGGGGCUCCCUUUGCAGUGGGGUGCCCCAGGCUGGGCCACAAGACCCAGCACAGCUGCCACGGGGGGGCACAGAUGUGGGGGGGGGGGGGGUGGAACAACACCCCUGGGCAUGGGGGAGACUCCUUGCUCCAUUUCCUCGGAGGAUGCUAUGCCAAUGGUGUCUCCCUUCCCCCUUUCCUCAGGAUUGUGCUGUUGCCCCCGCAAUAAACUCUGUGGCUUUGCCCCCCACA